AUGCUUAUCUUAAUCGCUGGAAUCACCGGCCUUGUCGGCCUCCCUUGUGCGAAGGCUGCGAUUGCUCGGGGACACAAAGUCAGAGGUCUAGCUCGCAGUGCUAGGAAGCUUCCGAAGGAAGUACAAGAUCAGCUCGAAGGCUUUGAGCCCAUGGUUGGCCUGCACGAUAUCGCUGCAAUGGAUAAGGCCGUUGCGGGCGUCGAUGCCGUCAUUUGCGCUUUGGCCGGUUUACCCGAAAUGUUCUUAGAAACGCAACUGUUGCUUUUGCGAGCAGCUGAGCGUGCCGAUGUUAAGAUUUUUCAUGCCAGCUCCUGGAACUACGAUUGGAACCUCUCACCUGGGAGUCAUGAGAUCUACGACAUAAUUAAAGCUUUCGCUCACCAGGCCGAGUUGACUUCGACGAUCAAGCCUAUUUACAUGUUUACCGGCGCGAUCGUGGAGUGGUAUUUCAGAAAUAGCCCUCGCGAUUGGGACCCGAAAUCGAAGACGUUCAAUUUCUACGGGCCGUCGACUUUCCAAACGCGCUACACUACCGCAGACAACAUUGCCGACUACACGCUUGAGGCAAUAACCGCUCCGGAUGCGGCCAAAGGAGGUUUCGUUUGCGUCCAGAGCUUUGAAGCCUCGCCGGAAGACAUUGCCAGUGCGUACAAAGCGGCGACGGGUAGCCGUGGGCAUGUUACUCUCAACUGUUUAGGAACGAUCGAGGAUGUAAAGGCAAAACUGGACGAUGCGAGAGCCAAGUACGAGAAGAAAGAGUGGUACGAGUAUAUAUGGUACUGUUACCAGUUCCAUAUUCCGAGUCGGUCCUGGGAUUUUGAGCCAGUGGAUGUUGCUCGAUUUCCUAAUGUCAAGCAAACCAGCUUGGAAGAUUUUUUCCGCCAGAACCCAGAUGUUUAA